AUGGCUUCAAUCGAUACUCAAACCAUCCAAACUACUUCUACUUCCAACAAACCAUUUUUGACAGCCGACUCAAACAAAAUGGCUUCAUCCGAUACUCCUCAAAGCCUCCAGACUCCCUCCAAAGGCCCUGUAUUUACAGUGGAUUUCACAUGGAAGAAAUGGAAAGGCCUGGUCACCGACGCCAACAAUCCUGGCGCAGGCCCCUUAUACACCAUCCAUUUCCCAUUCAGUCUGAAAUCCACUCUGGUUUUCAAAAAAGGCCCGGACGAAGAAGUCAUUGGAACUGGCAAACUAAAUAUGGUCUCCAUCAAUGCCGACUAUGAACUCCGUGGACAGAAGGCCCAUCUUCUAGCCCAGAAGCGCUGGCGGACGGAGUACACCCACCGCUCACUCAACUUCUCAGACACAGAGUCCCCAGUCACAAUGACAUGGACCAGCGAUGCUGGGUUCAAGUCCUGGGACUUUGUCUGUGUCGAUGAGCAGCAGAUGCCCGUCGCGAAAUUCAGUGCUCAUUGCUGGGGUGUUACCAAAAUUGGCAAAAUCGAGUUCAGUGGCCCCAAGGCAAAUGACAGAGCUGCGCAAGAAGAGAUUAUGGUUACAGGGAUUACUUUGUUCUAUUGCAUGAUGCUUCGUUGUAACAACAUUUUCAAUCUCUUUGGGGCCGUUUUUGCUCGACCAGGGCACAAACAACAUAUUGAACCUCAGCCCAAAGUUGUGACUGGCGAAUAUGCUUCGCAAUUUGCUUGA